UCAAGGAAAGUUUGGAGCGAGUAAGGUCGGAGCAAACAUGGAGGACAAGGGAAAAAUCACAUAGUGUUUCGGUGGAGAUCUGACCCACUUUUCCUAAUGUUGGACUUCGAUAAAUUACCGAUACACUCACUAGGUGGUUGUAGAAGGUGUAUGCGAAAGCUUCAAACAAAUUUGAAGCUUUCGAUGCCGUUUUAAUGGCACUAUGAACCUAGACUCGCUAACUGCUGCUUUGUCUCAUAUUGGUAAUCUGGUCGCCAGUUUGACAAAGAAAAACCUGAACUCUAGUGUUCAAGAGAUUCAGGAAGUGGUGUGUCAGUUUGGUGGAGAGGCAGAGCGACACUUGUACCGGGUGCUGAUUGGUCACCUGGAGUGGUCUGGACCUCAGGGAGAAAGUCAUCGACCCUCACCAAACAACAAUAAUAAUAAUAAGGACAAGGAGGUUGCUUCCAGUGUCGGUGCGUCCACCCUUACGUGGUCAUCCACUAGUGGUGGGGCCGGUGCCCUCCUUCUGCAACAUUUGGCUGCCACUCUUCCUCCAACUUCUUUUAUUGCCAAUCUUGCCUUUGCCACUGCCAAUCCACCCAAUUCCAACAAGCUCAUCAAGCCACAGUGGGUUAGUGGAGUGUGCAAGGCACUCAGACUUUCCCGCUUGCAGGAAAUUACUCUUUGUUUGUAUAUUCUCCAAGCUACCAAUUCAGAAGUUCGGAAUCAGUCCAUAGCACUCCUCAAGGGCAAACUCCCCGAUCUUGUGCGAGCCUACGUCGACACUGAAUCAGGAGAUCGGGAGUUGUUGGAGCUGUCAACGGAAGCCCUUCAUCUGUUACUUACUCAUAUUGUUCAUCUGUGGAGAGAUCCCCCUUCUGCACUGCUACCUCAGGAGUCACGGCAGGCCUUCAUUUGUGCUCUACAGCGCGAGUUUCCUCGGUCCCGUGUCCCUGUUGUUCUCGCUCCAUUGCUUUACCCAGACUCUGACAUUCCUAUGGAGAAGAUAACUCAAGAACCUCCCGCCAACAUGGCAAAAAAUCUUUUGGAUGGUUCAUUAGCUGAUCUAGUCCUCGAGUUGGGCUAUAGUUUCUGCAGUACUGUAGAAGAAUGUAGAAACAACCUGGCCAAUGUUGGGGUGAGCUCCAUAACCCCAGCAGCUGUGUCGAAGGUCCUCGGUGUUAUGGUCAGAACUCAUACAGGCUUACCAUCUGAGCAAAUUGGACUCCAGAACCUAAACUCCCCAAGUUCCCUGUGGAGUGACAAUAAAGACAAAACCCCAAGUAGCCAGUCUCAGUCAACCUCUGGAGGUGAAGUAUGUUUAGGUGGGUCAGGAAACCUCUCAGGUCCCCAUGGAUGGAAUGUUGAGGUCUUUGUUAAAGGUCUUCUGGAAGUUGUUCCAAACCUCAAUGUGAAAGAGGUGAUCUCAAAGUUGGACCACAAAGGAUUUUUAUUGAAAGACAGACAAGGCUUGAAGCUACUGAUCACGGCACUGAGAUGCCUUCUUCAAGGACAAGGAUUGAGGUUAGAAAUGUUCCCUGUGGAUUGUUACUAUCACCAGUGGAAGAAUACUGAAGAGCAACUCAGUCUGAUUUCACAGAUUCUCAAGAAUCCUGAAAUAUUCUGCUUCACAGAUUUCCCAUGCCACUUGGUAUCCACUGAUUCUCUCAAGACUCUGCCAGAGCUUGAUAACAAAGAGGUGGCUACGUGGAAAUCAGUCCAACUACUAGAAACUCUUCUCUACCUUGGGGAGAGUGGCCACUAUGCAGCUGUCAAAGAGUUGUUCACAUUUCCCAUCCAACAUUGUCCAGAUAUUUUGGCGCUUGGAUUGGUUCAGGUGCCUUUACCAUACACCAUGCUGCGACAAGACUUAAUUGCAUCACUUAUUCCAAUUUUCCUUGGAAAUCAUCCAAAUGCAGCCAUCAUCUUACACCAUGCCUGGCAUACACAGAACCAUACAAGUACAGUUCGCCAAAUCGUCAUGCAUGCAAUGGCAGAGUGGUACAUGAUGGAAAGUGAUCAGGCAAGACUUAGUCGUAUCUUGGAUGUUGCCCAAGAUCUCAAAGCCUUAUCACUCCUCCUUAAUGCCCAGUCCUUUCCAUUUGUGGUGGAUUUGGCAUGCCUGGCCUACAGACGUGAAUUUUUAAAGCUUGACAAGUGGCUGACAGACAAGAUUCGAGAACAUGGUGAGCCCUUUAUAUCCUCUUGUGUGAAGUUCCUUCAACGAAGAUGCCCUCAGCUGUUGAGUGGUAAAGAGGAUAUGAUGCCAAAGUCGUCACAGCUACCUCCUGAGACAAUGGCUACUAUUCUUGUGUGCCUAAAUGCAUGUGCUCUGAACGUCUCCCAGGAGCUUUCUGACACCAUACUGCAAAUGGUUCAGAAUUGUAACCUGAUGAACCGACCUCGCACACAGCAGGUGGGAGUGAUUGGGUUCCCAGGUCCCGGUCCAACCCAGUCAAAUGAAGGACCUCUUGGCAAUAUUGCAUCAACUUUAAGUAACUUAAACCUUGGGAAUGCUGGUGUCUCAUCCUCAAUCUUCCCAACCCCAGCCUCAUCUUCUAUGACCCUUGGUGGUUUAGGUUCCCUUGGAGCGGCCCCUGGUUCCCCAGGCCGCCCACUUGGACCUUCCGCUGCUCCUGGAACUUCACAGUCUCCUCUCUCCUCCAUUUUACCAGCUCUACAGCUAGGACCACCACAUCCAGCAGCAGUAGGAUCUCAGCUUCCAGCAUUGCCAACUUCAUCUAUAAUUCCAUCAUCAUUAAGGACUCAUACUGUGCAACCCACUGUUGCUCAAACACCUAGACAAAUGGAUAUGUCCCAGAUUUUCGACAUGCCUCAACUGGUAAGCAAAGAAGUUGAAGAUGAAGCCAAUAGCUACUUCCAGCGUAUUUACAACCACCCUCCGCAUCCCACACUCUCUAUAGAAGAAGUAUUGGACAUGCUAAAGAAAUUUCACGAGUCCACCAACAAGAGAGAGCGUGAGGUAUAUUCCUGCAUGUUACGUAAUCUUUUUGAAGAAUAUCGUUUCUUCCCAACUUACCCAGACAAAGAGCUCUUUACCACAGCAAGACUGUUUGGUGGCAUCAUUGAGCAGGGUCUAGUCGAAUAUAUGGCUCUUGGGGUUGCUCUUAGGUAUGUGAUGGAGGCCCUCCAGAAGCCACAUGGUAGUAAGAUGUAUUAUUUUGGUAUUGUGGCCUUGGAUAGGUUUCGUAGUCGCCUUAAGGAAUAUCCACGAUAUUGUCAGCACCUGAUGGCAAUACAACACUUCAAUGAGUUUCCACCACAUCUUAUAGAGUACAUCAAGUAUGGAACACAGUCACAAGAACCGCCCUCCCGCCCCUCUGGCGUUGUGCUUCCCCCAUCAAUAAAUGUUUCUCCAAGUACUCCAGCUCCAGGGACCACAACAUCUGUAGUGUCUUCAGUACCUGCUGUAGUUGUUCCACCACCACCAGUAGUGUCAACUGUUGUGUCAUCAGUGGCUAAGACUAUCACUGCAACAACCACCACCACUACCACUGCUGCCAUCUCCAAACCUCAAUCAAUGUCUGUUGCUUCAGCAGCAGUUGGAUCUGGGAAGCAGCAACCAACAAUUACUACCACCAAUAUUGAGACUCUUCUUGUUGCUACGGAGAAGGAAGAGAAGAUAACCCCGCCUCCCGAGCACAUACAAGAUAAAGUUGGCUUCAUCUUCAAUAACCUUGCUCAGGUUAACCUGCCUCAGAAGUGUGAGGAGCUGCGUGAAGUGGUUGGAGAAGAUUAUUGGCUGUGGGUAGCACAGUAUCUGGUGAUGAAGCGUGCUUCCAUUGAGAACAACUUUCAUACUCUCUACUCUCUAUUUCUUGACCAGAUGAAAAUGAACAAUGUUAAUUCCAUGGUGUGCCGUGAGACUCUUAGAAAUAUUAAGGUACUCCUGAGGGCUGAUAAAUCAGCAGCCAAUUUUUCAGAUAAGUCACUGUUGAAAAAUCUUGGUCAUUGGCUGGGAAUGCUAACCCUGGCCAAGAAUAAACCAAUACUGCACACUGACAUAGACAUGAAGUCUCUACUCAUAGAGUCUUACAACAAAGGGUUGCAGGAGAUGCAGUAUGUGAUUCCAUUUGUGGCUAAGGUGAUGGAAUCCUGUGCCAAGAGCCGAGUGUUUAAACCACCAAACCCAUGGACCAUGGCUAUAAUGAAUGUCCUUGCAGAGCUUCACAAAGAACCAGAUAUGAAGCUUCAUCUCAAGUUUGAGAUUGAGGUGCUGUGUAACAAGUUGGAGAUCAAUCUGGAAGAAUUGAAGCCUGCUAAUGUGUUGAAUGACCGAGACCGGAUUGCCCGCCUUAAACCCCAGUUGUCACAGCCGGGUGGAUCUAAGCGAGCAGAGUCAACUCCUCUCUUUCCUGCUCUUCAGGGUUUUUCUUCUACUCCUUUUAUGCCAAAGACAAGCUGGCCACAAGUUGCGCCACCAGGCGCUGUUGUAGAUACAACUACCGUAACUGCUCAGAGUUCUUCUGUUGGUGCCACACCUACACCCCCAACAGUCCUGCCUCCACAUCCCUCCACCACACCCACACCUAUCCAAGCUCAACAGCAACCUGCCUCAGAGCCACGCUUUAUUUACUCAGAUAUUAGUGUCGCUUCACUUAGAGGUUUGGAUCCUCACAUAUCUGUCUCUGUACCUCAGGUUUGUGGUGUUGCAACCAAUGCACAGUUGAAACAGUUGGUUCGCCAUGCCGUAGAGUUGGCCGUCCAAGAAAUUGUUGCAGCAGUUAUUGAACGCAGCAUCAAGAUUGCCAUCACCACUGCAGAGCACAUUAUUAAGAAAGACUUUGCAUUAGAUCCAGAUGAAUCUCGGAUGCGUGCUGCAACACAUCACAUGGUGCGGAACUUGACUGCUGCCAUGGCCAUGAUUACCUGCAGGGACUAUCUUGCAACUAAUAUUACGAAGAGCAUCAAGCAGGGAUUAAUGCAAGCAUUUUCCAGAACCAACCCACAGCAGUUGCCUCAGCAGGUAGAGCAGAUGGAGCAGCUGGCUGCGGCUAUUGCUCAGGAGAAUGUUGGCAUUGCCUGUGCCUUUAUCCAGAAGACUGCCGCAGAGAAGGCUGUUAUUGAGAUGGAUAAGCGACUGUCACAAGAAUAUGAGGCUCGGAAAGUUGCACGAACAGAAGGCCGACGGUACUGUGAUCCUAUGGUAUUAACUUAUCAAGCUGAGCGUAUGCCUGAGCCAAUUCGCUUAAAAGUAGGUGGUGUCACCCCACCUCAAAUGGCUGUGUAUGAAGAAUUUGCUCGGAACAUACCUGGAUUUUUACCAAUUGCAGAUCAAGAUACCAUGUUCAUAGCAAAACCUGUACCUAUUAGUUCAGCAUUUGGUACUGAAGAGGCAACAGCCUUCCUGGUGCUAACAGAAAGGAUCAGUGCGGAGUUGGAACACACCAUCCAGGCCUUCACAACCCUCGCACCCACAUCUCCCCUUAUACCCAUGCUCCACUCAUUGCGUGAAGGACUCUUGCUUACACGAACCAACCGGGAUGCCCAUGCUGCUCAAGUGCUGCUUAGAAAGUGUGUGGAAAACCUAAUGGAAGGUGCACGGGAAUUGCCUAAUGAACCUGAGCUGAAUCAGUUGGCUCUCCGCUUCCGUGACUGUCACCUCAUUGUUCUUAAGGCAAUGGCUGAUCAUCGAUCUUAUGGUGUGAUCUGGACAUCAAAAAAUAUUACUAAAUGUUGGGCAGAAGCUAGAGACGAGAUCAAAUACAAUCUUGAUGUUGGAGAUUGGUUUAUUCGCUCCAAUUUGUUCAGUCUCCAGCUGCUGGAUGAACACUUGGCACGGACCCUUGAUGAUCCUCGAGUACACUCCUACAUCCCCUCCCUCUUUGUGAUGCAACUAGUCCAGAUGUACCUUAUAGAUGACCCCAGCAAUAGUGUGCUAAAUGAAACUGACCUACAGUUGACUUUGGAGGCCUUGGUGCGAUUGUGCCAUUCCCGACAAGCUCCAGAGGGUCUUGUUUCACUUAUUGAAGCAUUGCGCAUGAAGCAUGACUUAUUAAGUGGUGAGCGUUUGACUGGCGGAAACAACCUGAGUGGAUCAAACAACCCAUUGUCAGCAGGCCCUAGCCUUCAUUUCCAUUCAGGUGUUACACAAGCUAGAGAUUUUCAGGAUCCACCAGCUCUACAAGAGAAAACUGAGGUGUUGUUGAGAGAAUGGAUUCAAAUGUAUCACUCGCCAACAGCAGGCCAAGGCUCAGCAUCUGCUUUUCAACAUUUCGUGAAGCAAAUGAACCUUCAUGGAAUCCUUAAAACUGAUGAUCUCAUUACUAGAUUCUUCCGCAUCUGCAUCAGCAUGUGCCGAGAUCUGUGUGUGCGUUCCAUUCUGGAGCAAGGUCAGGGCCCUUCACCUACUUAUGUACGCAGCAAGUGUUUCCAGAACUUGGAUGCAUUUGUGCGGCUCAUUGCCCUAUUAGUCAAACACUCAGGGGAGGCUACCAAUCCUACUACCAAGAUCAAUCUACUCAAUAAGGUUCUGGGAUUAGUAUGUGGCAUCAUGAUUCAUGACAUUGAAUCCAAUGGUACAGAGUUUCAACAACUGCCCUAUCACCGCAUCCUUAUAAUGCUGUUUCUGGAACUCAAUGCUCCUGAAGCUAUCUUAGAGUCUAUCAACCUUCCGGUUUUGAUGGCCUUCACACAAACAUUACACUUGCUACGGCCUAGCAAGUGCCCUGGCUUUGCAUAUGCUUGGCUGGAGAUUGUCAGCCACAGGGUGUUCAUUGGACGUAUGUUGGCUAUCACACCACAGCAGAAAGGAUGGUCCAUGUACUCCAUGUUGUUAGCAGAUCUCUUUAAGUUCUUGGCACCCUUUCUAAGGAAUGCAGAACUUGCAAAACCACUGACUAUGUUGUAUAAGGGUACCUUACGUGUGCUGUUGGUCCUUCUCCAUGAUUUCCCUGAAUUCUUAUGCGAGUAUCACUACGGAUUCUGUGAUGUCAUCCCUCCAAAUUGCAUCCAGAUGCGUAAUCUCAUUCUCUCUGCCUUUCCACGAAACAUGCGCCUUCCAGAUCCCUUUACACCCAAUCUCAAAGUGGAUAUGCUGCCUGAAAUUACUAUAUCACCUAAGAUUCACACCACUGUUGCCAACCUCAUUCAGCCUCCAGAUUUCAAGAAGAACUUAGAUUCCUACUUAAAAAACAGGACACCUGUAACUUUUCUCUCCGACAUGCGAACCUAUCUGCAGCAGGCAUCUAAUGAACCUGGGAUGAGCUAUAAUAUGUCUGUGAUGAACUCCCUGGUGCUGUAUGUAGGCAUGCAGGCCAUUUCACAGAUACAUAGCAAGGGUCUCACUCCCUCCAUGGCCACAAUUGCUCAUUCCGCCCACAUGGACAUUUUCCAGAAUCUUGGUGUUGAUUUGGACACCGAAGGUCGAUACUUGUUCCUGAAUGCCAUUGCUAAUCAAUUGCGAUAUCCAAAUAGCCAUACACACUACUUCAGCUGCACUCUUCUUCAUCUUUUUGCUGAAGCCAACACAGAAGCCAUCCAAGAACAAAUUACUAGAGUGCUGCUAGAACGGCUUAUUGUCAAUCGUCCACAUCCAUGGGGACUACUUAUUACAUUCAUUGAGCUCAUUAAGAACCCAUCAUUUAAGUUUUGGAGUCAUGAAUUUGUAAAGUGUGCCCCAGAAAUUGAGAAGUUAUUUGAAUCUGUUGCCCGCUCUUGUAUGGUGCAGAAAGUUUCAGCUGCUCGGGAAGGAGAAGCCUGACCACAAAUGCUUCAGACCUAUUGUAGCCCACAAGAUACCUGACUACACACAUCUCCAAUGGAGGCAGCAAUCCAAGUGCUGUAUCUCAAAUUGCAGGAUUUGAGUAUUGCACACGAUUGUGUUAUUGCUGACUGUUGGUGCUCUAGAUGUCAUGAUUGGGAUCUCAAGCAGCCUAGACUGUCCUAAUGAUCUGAGGUGCUUAGCUAAAAGCUAAUUAAUAUAAUUGAAUAGAAAUGUGAAACAUAAUCACCUUAUAAGUUUGACCAUGUAUGUCCUCUUCCAAGAAAGCUGAUAUCAUACUGCUUUUAAGAGGAGUGCCAAGUGCAAAGUUAAAGCUAUUGGCGUGUUGUGACAGUGUGUCAAGUAGAGUUUUAUAUUUGUUUUAAAUAAAAGCAUUAUAUGUUAUCUUCUGGUGCCUAAGAGACAAACUAGGUAUCUGUCAAGUGCAGAUAAAAUCUGUUUCAAUUUCUAACCCAAGUGAUUUAUGACGUGGAGGGUUAAAUGACAAAUAUCCUUUGUAGAAUGCCUAGAUUAUAAUUAUGCAGCUUUGAGUCGUUUCCUAAGUGAUUUUCCUUGACUUUUAUGGUGAAUGUUAUACUUGUUGAGCUACAGCAGCAAGGUGUACUGUCAAGGUAUGUGAUUAUCUUAAGUCACUUAUUUAAGGAUAUUGUUUAAUAAUUUCAGUUUUCCUGGUGACUGUUAAAUUAUGCAAACUUGAAAGACCAAGAACUGUACAAUCUACUUUAUUAAGGACCUUCAGAAUGAAGUAAAAGUGCAUCCUAAGAUAAGAGGUUGUAUAUUUACAGAUAAAGUUCUGUAUGGAUGAAGACAUGUUUAUGAGACAAAGCAGCCAUAAGCAGUGUGUCAAAGUGCAUAAAAUGAAAAGAUGAAUUCCAGUGAGAGUGAUAUGUACCUAUAUUUUGUGAUCUUAACUUCCAGGGAACCAUGUGAUGAGCUAUACCUAAGAUGUUUAGAUAAUACGUGAUGUAGAUUUCUAUAUGACAUGGCCUUUGCCAAGCAGCUUCUGCAGUAGGAAAGUGAGAAUCAAAGUAUUGGGCAUCGCCAGAGUUUAUUAUGAAGUGUUACUUCCUAGGUCUAUGCAAGUCGUUCAUGAUAUAAUAGUUUAUAUGAUGAACACUUGUGCCAACUGCUACUGUUUGUGCCAGAGUUGUUCUUCAGCUUGGCUCUCAGUUAUGACUCAAAUGAUAUCACUUCAUACUUUGAAAGACAACCAAGGACGCAAUGCAUGUACAAAAUCCCACCCUCCUUCAUAGUUUCAUAGACUUUUCCUUCAAUUAAGAAAUGUCAUAGUAGUCACUGUAAGAAUAUUAGUAGUAAUUAAGAUGCCCUGAUGCCCUGAGGCUUUCUAUCCUGCUGUAAAGUUUCAUUACACAAUGUUUGCAAUAGCCACAAUCUCAACAAAUGCAGAUCUGGGGCAUACAGUCAGCCGUGCCCAUUGCCCCAUCAUCUGCCACACAAGUUUUUGUUAAAGAUUUAAAUAUCCAUUCCCAGGUCAUAACAGCUGACCAGUUACAUUUUGUAAGUGUAAUGUUCAGGCACAAAUUGUACUUUUAAGUUCUUCAAUCCCAGGCUAACUUUUAGUUACCUUUUAGCUUUAGAAAUUACCUUUCUUUUGUUACCAUUUAACCAGGGACUUUAAUUUAUUUUGAUGCUUGGGAAUUAUACAUGUUUAUGCCUUAAAACCCUGGAUGUAUCAUUGUCAAACUAGAACCUGGGAAUCAACUUUUUUUUUUCUGUUACCUCGCUUCAAAGAACGUCACAGCUCUCUUAUGGCUUAAGGAAUACAAAUUAGCAUUAUCAUUAAAUCAAUCAUUAUUUUGUAUUAAUUGUAUUAUAGAGUUGUUGAAGGUUUGACUGAAGAGGGAAACCUGAAAAUUUACCCAUAAAUAAUGUGAGGUACUUCGUUGUGGCUGUACAGUUCAAGUUUAUUUUUGUUGAUGAGGACUUUCUCUAAAGAUAUGCAGUUUAACAGUUUGUGUCAUAUUCUUUAGUCCACUUUAGGUUAAGGAUGUGAAUAAAGGUCUCUUGUAGCAAAGCA